CGGUUCCGUACAGCUGCAAACAACAUGGCGAAAGCCGGGGAGAAGAGUGUCGGCGGCGGGAAGCGAGGUUUGAAGAGGAAAGCCGCCGCCGAAGAGCCUCAAGAGGCUGCGGUCGCGGGCGAUGGGGCGGCGGAGAGCGGGGCGCGGCCCCCGAAAGCGGGUGCCUUCCCCCCGGGAUUCAGUAUCUCGGAGAUUAAGAACAAACAGCGGCGACACUUGAUGUUCACGCGGUGGAAACAGCAGCAGCGGAAGGAAAAGUUGGCAGCUAAGAAAAAACUUAAAAAAGAGAGAGAGGCUCUUGGUGAUAAGGCUCCACCAAAGCCUGUUCCCAAGACCAUUGACAAUCAACGAGUCCCCGAUGAAACCACAGUAGACCCCAAUGACGAAGAGGUCGCUUAUGAUGAAGCUACAGAUGAAUUUGCUUCCUACUUCAACAGACAGACAUCUCCUAAGAUUCUCAUCACGACAUCGGAUAGACCUCAUGGGAGAACAGUACGACUCUGUGAACAGCUCUCAACAGUUAUACCAGAUUCACAUGUUUAUUACAGAAGAGGACUGGCUCUGAAAAAAAUUAUUCCACAGUGCAUUGCAAGAGAUUUCACAGACCUGAUAGUUAUUAAUGAAGAUCGAAAAACACCGAAUGGCCUUAUUUUGAGUCACUUGCCAAAUGGCCCAACUGCUCACUUUAAAAUGAGUAGUGUUCGUCUUCGUAAAGAAAUUAAGAGACGAGGCAAAGAUCCCACAGAACAUGUUCCCGAGAUAAUUCUGAAUAACUUCACAACACGGCUUGGUCAUUCCAUUGGACGCAUGUUUGCGUCUCUCUUUCCUCAUAAUCCUCAAUUUAUUGGAAGGCAGGUUGCCACAUUCCACAAUCAGCGGGAUUACAUCUUCUUCAGGUUUCACAGAUAUAUAUUCAAGAGUGAAAAGAAAGUGGGAAUUCAGGAACUUGGACCACGUUUUACCUUAAAAUUACGAUCUCUUCAGAAGGGUACCUUUGAUUCUAAAUAUGGAGAAUAUGAAUGGGUCCAUAAGCCACGGGAAAUGGAUACAAGUAGAAGAAAAUUCCAUUUAUAAAGUACUGAGGGAGUAGUAUUGAAUUUUGCUGGACAGGCCUGUCUUGAAAAACAUGGUAAAUUAUUUAACAAAGCACACUUUUCUAAAUGAUUUUGAUUUUGUAAAUCUUAUAUUUGAACAAAUGACCAAGUGCCAUGAAUUUCUACUUUGUUGUUGUAAAUAUAAAUAAAUAUAAUUUUGGUGAGGGUCUAAAACUCCUAAACCUUGCUAUCAUUUUACGUUAAUUGUGAAUUUUGUUGGAAUGAAGAUUCAAACUUUCUAAUUUGCACUCCCAAAGAACUUGUAGGCUAGGAAAAGUGUAGCCCUGAUUUAAUACACCAGUCUCAGAGGCCAGAUUACCAGGACUUGGCACAAAGUUACAAGUCACUGGAGUUAACCUUUCAAUUCCUGUUUUCUUGCUCAAUUUUACCUAAUUACCAUCUACUGUCCUACUUCAUUCAGGUAUUGUCUUGAGUUCUCAAGUCCUGCCCCAUUUCCCUGUUCCUCCAUACCACAUACAGUUUCUCUGUGUAGCUCUGGCUGUCCUGGAACUCCUUUUGUAGACCAGGCGGCCUCGAACUCACAGAGAUCUGCCUGCCUCUGUCUCCCAAGUGCUAAGAUUAAAAGGCAUGUUACACCAUCAUCCAGUCAAGUUCUUGAUUCUUCUAAGAGGACUCUUAUUUCCAAAGUGAAGCAACUACCUUCCUGGUAUAACUGCUAAAUACACUACAAAGCAUUUUGUUUUGUUUGGAAUCUUUUGUUGUCUGUGUGAGCCCAGAGGACAGUGUCAAGUGCCUGUCAUCCCUUUCUGCCUCAUUUAUUAAACAGAGUCUUUCAUUAAACCUAGAGCUCACCAUUUUAACCCAUGCUGGUGGCCAACAAACCCUCUCCUCCACGUGCUAGGGUUCUAAGCAUUCAUAGCCAUGAUCAGCUUUUUGUAUAGGUGGCAGGGAUCUGAAUUCAGAUUAUAAUCACAUAGCAAGAACUCUUACCCACUGGGCACCUCUCCACCCAUAUUUGGAAUAUUUAAAGUAAUUCCUGUAACUAACUGAAAGAAACUGGAAGUCUCCCACUCUUUGAACAAAAAUUUCCAUUUGUUCUAUAAGUUAAGAGCUGGUAUUGAAAAGAUUAAUAUACAGUGCAUUUCAUUAACAGUAACAAGGCCAGAAAUUUGUAUGCUGUUUUAUUGUAUGCUAUAGCCAGUGUAUAUAAAAUAGUUAAACCUUGUGAAACAGAAAUCCAUGAAAAUUCAGAGAGGUAGAUGUUAAGAUCUGACAAGUAGAAGAUUGUAUAUUAUGGCACGCGUUAUAGAGAAGCUUUUGUACAGACUUCAAAUUUAGUUCUCUUGAAUGUCCACUGGUUCAUGAAAAGUGGUUUGAGAAAUCUGAUGGGAGGAAAAAAAAGAUAAAAAUGUUAAAAAAAAGUUAUCGAUACUUUAUAACUGAUAUUUAAGCAAGGACAAUUGUUUUUUAUUUUUGAAAAUGGUUUAUGUUCUGCCUAUUUUUCUGAGUAAUAACAUACAGAUGAUCCUUUUCAACCUCACAAUGGUGUAAAGGGCUACCUGGGCAUAUUCGGUAAUGCUGUUCUUCUGAGAUGCUGUGUAGUAGCAGCAGUGAGGUGACAUUCCCUAGUCCACUCCAGGACCAAGACCGGCCAACUGCCAACCCCUCGCUGUGCUGCUAAGUCAGUAGACUUGACAGGUGAGAGUGUGAUGUAUUUUCAGCUUACUAUGGGGUUGCUGGUAUACACCUACCAUAAGGCAACUGCGGUGAUAGAUUGACUGGGUCUAGGAGAGAAAUGGAGCCAGGCAGUGGUGGCACACACCUUUAAUCCCAGCACUAAGAAAGUUGAGACAGGAAAUGAUAUGGGAAAGGUAUGUAAGGCUUGAGGAGACAGGAACUAGAGCCUUUUCAGCUGAAGAAGCUCAUUCGGCUAGAGGCCUAUUGACCAAGGCUUUUUCAGGCUGAGGAGUCCUAGAGUUAAGAGGUGUCUGUGCCUUAUUCUGUUAUCUCUCUGAUCUUUCAGCAUUUACAAUAUCUGGCACCAGGUUUUUUAUGAUAAGACCUUUAGAAAUUCAUGUUACAGUCAACCCCUCUAUUUCUAGGCGGCUCACUUGAAUAUCAGUUUAUAAAGGGUUUUUUAAUUAAAUUGAGCCUAAGCCUAUUUGUUUACUUUUGAAGAUACAAUCUACAAAACGCUCUAAAAUCCAACUUUCCCCUAGUUCUUACAACAGGCAAAGUACCCAUCAACCCGUUUUAUGGAGUCUUAUAGAUGACAUCUCUAAAAUUACUGAAAUAUACUUUUUCAUAAUAAAAAGGCAAACAUAAAAACAUUCAAUAAGGAAAAUCCAAAGCUCCUUUGGAAAAAUGAUUUAUGAUGAAGUCACUUCUAUUCACCUACACACAAAAAACAUGCAAGAAUCCUGAACAUACUGCUGUCAGCAGCAUCAACAAUCUUACUGCAGCUCAUUGGAAGAAUGAAUAGACAAUCUAUGUAUGCGGCAGCAGAAUACCAUUUAGCAGCUUAAAUGACUGAACAAUCCAUACAGGAUAAACACAGAUCUCAAAAAUUAAAGCAAUAAUUAUAUACUUAAAAACAGUAUUAUCUUGAUACUAUAAAAUACAGUUAAGUUCAUGUAUAUAGGGGAAAGAAAAAACAGGCAUAACAACUUCACAAUAAGUUACUACAGAAAGUAGUAAAAGUAAAACCUGUUUUUAAAAACUAACAAGGUGUAAAAAAAUAAAAUAAAAUUUUGAGUACUUCAUAACAAACACUGAAGAAGUACAGAACCUCUGGGGAAAAACAGAAGAAAACAUUUAACUUCACUUAAUAGCAAAUUGAGCGUGCACCACACACACACAACCAUCCAUGCCCUGAGUGGAAGGCCAAAGAUGAGCAGUGAUAAUCAAGUAUUAUUAAAACUUCCACGUCUCUGUUUGGUAGUUUCACCACUAACGUAUACAGCCAGCCACCAAAAUGUCAGCCUUGGCCAUGGCCUCAAACUUGGAAACUGAUACUAAGUGAAGUAAUUACCAUGUUAUAGCUCAGCUGCUGAAAGCCCUGUGAAUAUUUACUGACACAGAAAUGCUCUUAAGAGGAAACACAUUAACAACAACGGUCAUUUCCUUUCUGCAUCCUCUGUUGCUAAAUUACUUAGGUUGGUUUUACUUUUAAAAUCUGAGUAUAGACGCCAGUGAUUUUCUUUUAGUCCACGUCUUUAAUGUCCACUAGACCAUCAGCAGAGUUUACAGGGUCUGGAGCCUUAAACCUUAGAACCCCUGGGUUAUAAUAUGGACUUCAGGAAGGCGAUCUGGAAAUUCACUGACAGUUUUAAGGAGCAGUGUUGCUACAUCUAAAUACCCUUUCCUCACCCUAAAUUGCUUCAAAUCAUAAUAUCCAAAGUUUUCCUUACUGCUGGAAUUAACAGCCUUAAUUUUAUUUUGAAAUCUGGGUUCUUAUCUCAGUCAUUUAUAAAUGUAAAUCAUUUAAACACUGAAGUGUGGACUCUUAAAAACAAAAAAAGUAUUAAUAGGACUUCAGACUUAACAUUUUUUAUUAGAUGAAAAUAAAUUAAUCUGUAAAAAUACAAGAACUGAGCCGGGCGGUGGUGGCGCAUGCCUUUAAUCCCAGCACUCGGGAGGCAGAGCCAGGUGGAUCUCUGUGAGUUCGAGGCCAGCCUGGUCUCCAAAGCGAGUUCCAGGAAAGGCGCAAAGCUACACAGAGAAACCCUGUCUCGAAAAACCAAAAAAAAAAAAAAAAUACAAGAACUGAGUCUAAAAAAGAAUUUUUAGUAAAUUAUAAAAAUAUGAAACUCCUUGAGACCCCCAGUGAAUAUUGCCAAAAGCCAGAAACUAUUAACACUGUUAAAUAUAAAGAUAUGAGCUGGACUGUUAACACUAUUUCUUCAUGGAGAACCUAUUACCUAAAAGCAGCUUCAUUCCCCUUCUCCUUGAUGUUUCAAAAAGCCUUGUAUUCUUAACUAAUCAUUAUAUUUACUGGAACAGUACUUACACUUCCUGAACACUCCCAGAUCUACAAAGCCUAUGUAAUAAGGUAUUUUAGGAAGCAGCUUCCUGGACUUUGAGUCAGAAUGUUAGUAUAAGGGUGUGUACUACAACAAAGUACUUUUUAAUACACAGUUUAAGUCUGCUUCCCAAUUCAAUACCAUUAACUAAUGUACCAAAGAUUACAAAUGACAGACAGUAUCCUUUAAUUACAUUUUAAAUUAGCUGAAGCAGUUUUGGCCACAUCUUUAGAUCAACAGGUUUUUUCACACGUGGUAUUUGAUCUAGAACAUGAAUAUAAACUCUUGACAGAUGUACUAAAGAGCAAGUGAUUCAUUGUCUUAAUCCUCAAAUCCAGUUCCCUGCCAACAAGUGCAAAUCUCUCUCUCUCUCUCUUUUUUUUUUUAAAUCUUUUCUCAACAAAUGGAAAUAAAGGUAAAACCUGUUCCUUA